CAGAGUCUCAUUCCGCCGCUGUCCAGUUUACCGGAGGAGGUUCAGUCCAGCAGCUCCGCUUUACUUUCAUUCGGAAUUAGAAUUUAGAUUUCUUUUCAUAAAGUAUUUUUAUUUAACUAAAUAAAACGAACGCGCUGCCUUCUUUAACGCUCAACUAUCAUAUUUUUUCCAGAAAAGAAGGAGCCAUUUUUUUUUUUUUUUUUUUUUGCCGUCUCAGAUCAUCCGGUUGUGCUAACAAAGAAGCUAGUUUCUCUUCAGCGAUAAUCCCCAAAAUUGUCUUUAGUUAUGAGUCAUGUGGUCGUUGAUGCUCCGCACGGUCUGGAUCAGCAGCUCGCUGUGCUAGACUUGAACGCUGACGGUCAGGGCGGAGGAACUGGCAGGCGCUACAUUCCACCUCACCUGAGGAACAAAGAUGCAGGGAAAAACGACUCGCCUGGAUGGGACGGAGGACGCACCAACGGAUUCGUGAAUGGUUUCCAUGACAACCGUGCUAAUGGGGGGUUUGGAGGCCGCGGACCCCCUCGCAACGACAGAGGUGGGCGUGGCGCCUACCGUGGUAACAGGGGUGGAGGCUCCUUUAAUCAGCCAAUGCAAAGUUCAGGCUUUGGAGGCUACGAGAACAAGGAGGGGGGCUGGGGGGGGGCUCCCAGAGACGCUGCCUACAACAGCUUCGGAGGACGCAACGAUCGCUCCAAGUCUAACUUCUACAGCGACCGCGGCGCCGGCUCCAGGGGGAGAUACGAACGCGGUGGAUUCGGUGGAGGAGGAAACAGCCGCUGGGUGGAGGACUCCAGAGAGGACGACUGGUCCAAGCCCACAGCGCCCAACGAGCGUCUGGAAAAUGAGCUGUUCUCUGGAGGCAACACGGGGAUAAACUUUGAGAAGUACGAUGAUAUUCCUGUGGAGGCCACCGGGUCCAACUGCCCGCCGCACAUCGAGAGCUUCCAUGAUGUGGACAUGGGGGAGAUAAUCAUGGGGAACAUCUCCCUGACCCGCUACACCAGGCCCACCCCGGUCCAGAAGUACGCCAUUCCCAUCAUCAAGAUCAAGAGAGACCUGAUGGCGUGCGCCCAGACCGGCUCCGGUAAAACAGCCGCCUUCCUGCUGCCGGUUCUGAGUCAGAUCUACACCGAAGGUCCAGGAGACGCUCUGCAGGCGUCCAAGAGCAGCGGACAGGACAACGGACGGUACGGCCGCCGGAAGCAGUACCCCAUCUCCCUGGUCCUGGCUCCAACCAGAGAGCUGGCCCUGCAGAUCUACGACGAGGCCAGGAAGUUUGCCUACCGCUCCCAUGUGCGUCCCUGCGUGGUGUACGGCGGCGCCGACAUCGGCCAGCAAAUCCGGGAACUGGAGAGAGGCUGCCAUCUGCUGGUGGCCACACCGGGACGUCUGGUGGACAUGAUGGAGAGGGGCAAGAUCGGCCUGGACCACUGCAACUACCUGGUCCUGGACGAGGCCGACCGCAUGCUGGACAUGGGCUUCGAGCCGCAGAUCAGACGCAUCGUGGAGCAGGACACCAUGCCGCCCAAGGGCAUCCGCCAGACCAUGAUGUUCAGCGCCACCUUCCCCAAAGAAAUCCAGAUCUUAGCCCGGGACUUCCUGGAGGACUACAUCUUCCUGGCUGUGGGGCGAGUGGGUUCCACCUCAGAGAACAUCACGCAGAAGGUGGUCUGGGUGGAGGAGAACGACAAGAGGUCCUUCCUGCUGGACCUGCUCAACGCUACCGACGCCGCAGGCAAAGACUCGCUGACUCUGGUGUUUGUGGAGACCAAGAAAGGAGCCGACGCCCUGGAGGACUUCCUGUACCGGGAGGGCUACGCCUGCACCAGUAUCCAUGGAGACCGCUCCCAGCGGGACCGAGAAGAAGCUUUGCAUCAGUUCCGCUCCGGACGCUGCCCCAUCCUGGUGGCUACAGCGGUGGCGGCGCGAGGUCUGGACAUCAGCAACGUGAAGCAUGUGAUCAACUUUGACCUGCCCAGCGACAUCGAGGAGUACGUUCACCGUAUCGGCCGUACGGGACGUGUGGGAAACCUUGGUUUGGCCACGUCGUUCUUUAACGACAAAAACAGCAACAUAACCAAAGACCUGCUGGACAUCCUGGUGGAGGCCAAGCAAGAGGUUCCCUCCUGGCUGGAGAGCCUGGCCUAUGAACAUCAGCACAAGAGCUCCAGCCGCGGACGAUCCAAGAGGUUCUCCGGUGGUUUUGGAGCCAGAGAUUACCGUCAGUCCUCCGGUGGUUCUGGAGGCUUCGCUGGAAACCGCUCAGGACGCAACACUGGGGGAAACCGCGGCUUUGGAGGUGGCUUCGGUGGCAACUUCUACAGCGACGGCUACGGAGGAAACUACAACCCCUCUGGGAGCGUGGAUUGGUGGGGGAACUAGACGCCAUAGGAAGAGGUUGUCAUGACAACCUGAUGGAAACCACAUGUUGACUUAAGCCAGACUAUAACGACCCUCCCUGUGUAGCUUCACUGACAGUACAUUAAACCCGGUCCUCGGCCGGCGCCGCAGACGGACACCUCCGCCUUUCAGCGUGUUUUUGUUCCUAUGGGGGGGGCACCGCUGAGGAUUGUGGGUAUGUUGAUGUACUGCGCCUUUUUGAAUUUAAACAGGAUUUCACCAGAUGAACAAGGCAGCAAAGAAUCUGAAUUAGUUUAAAUAUUUAGUUUAAAAAGAAAAAAGCUUUGACUUAAACCUUGGCAAAGUCAAAUUUCUACCAUCAUGUAGCCUUUUCUACCGUCAGACGGCUAACGGAGCCACCAUUAGGCCCCUGUGGGGGGGCCCCUCUGGGAGGCCCCUGUUUUAAUCCAAAGGGGGCGGAGUCCCGCUGGGUUUCUGCUCACGUUCCUGACGGGAUCUUAAUCCACAUUAAGCUCAGUGCCAACGACGCUGAGGCUCAGACAGGAAACCGAUGCUGGAGUCCGGGUUCCGAUCGACUCGGCGGUGUUACGGCAGCUAGCGCGUUCGUUAGCCGCUGCUAGCUUCUCCAGGUGUUUCUGUUGCUUUUUACUGGAGGAGUUUCUGCUGCAGCCGGCUGCAAAUUUAGAAAAACUGACUCUGGUUUCUUCUUGUUUCUCUACUGAUGUGGAAACGCCUGCCGUUCAAAAUGGCUGCACAAAGGACCACGGCAUUGGGGGGGCGGUGAGGCCCCCGCGGUAUUCUACGCUUGCAAGUGUUUUGUUUUUUGGUCAAGGAGAAAGGACGCGUGAACGGAGUCGCAGGCUUAACUUAAUUACAAACAUUUUCUCUUUUCAAGCUGCGUUGGAGGCUGGGUCCAUCGCUGGGGGGGCCAUAUCGGAGCGGGUUCAAUGAACCACCAGGAAAACGGGCGGGGGGAGAGCAGCACUCCAACCAGAAGGGUCAGAGCAGCGGGGUGGGCGGGGCCAGGUUUACAGGCGUUCUCUACGGAUCAUCAGGAAAUCGUUUCCUCUCUGAGGAGCGGCUGUGACGUGCCUUCAAACCGUUUUUCUUUAGCGGCGGCCGCUGCUGGCGGUGCUACCAGGUGGGCGCGUAGCGGCGGACGCGGCUGGCGGUGCUACUGCGUGGGCGCGUAGCGGCGGACGCGGCUGGCGGUGCUACUGCGUGGGCGCGUAGCGGCGGACGUGGAGCCCAUCAAGUUUUACUAAAGUUGUUUUAUUGCACAUCUAGAGUUUUAUACGGAUGUCUCUGAUAUGUCCUUAAGCUUCCAAAAGUGGGAGGAGUUAGAGGAAAGCGCAGCUUGUUUACAGGGGAAGGGAAGUCGUU